CAAUCAUGAAUUAAAAUGCAUAAUAAUCAAGGGGCAAAUGCAGAAGAUCAUGAAAAUAGUUUUCAAUUUGAUGAAAAUAGUUUUCAAUUUGAUGAAAAUUGUGAUUACAAUGUUCGUAUCCCACCAACUCGGCCCCAAACCACUCACGCGUCUGACAACAAACAUGCGAUUGUCAAGUGUAAGUGCCAGCCGACGAGCGGAGUUCUAGAGGUGACCGGGACAACGAUGGAUCCUAACAGCGUAACGAACGAUCCGGCCUGGAGCGAGCUCGCUGAGUAUCGCGAUAAGUAUGGCCAAAAAUUGGUUAUUCGAGAUUUGUUCGCCUGCGACGCAAACAGAUUUAAAGACUACAGUUUACAAAUUCCAACACCUAAAGAUGGAAAUAUUCUUUUGGAUUAUUCAAAGAAUAGAGUGGACUCGAAUGUCAUGCAGAAAUUAUUUAAUCUGGCAAGGUCAAGAAAGGUGGAGCAGUUCAGGGAUAUGAUGUUUGCAGGCGAAAAGAUUAAUUUCACUGAGAACAGAGCAGUGUUACACACUGCACUCAGAAAUCGAUCUAAUAAACCUAUUAUUGUGGAUGGCAAGGAUGUUAUGCCAGAUGUAAAAGCUGAGCUGGCACAUAUGCAACGUUUUUCUAAAGCUGUUUUAUCUGGAGAAUGGAAAGGUUAUACUGGUCAGGCCAUUACUGAUAUUGUGAACAUUGGUAUUGGUGGCUCAGAUUUAGGUCCAUGGAUGGUUUCUGAUGCAUUGAAACCAUAUUCACAAGGUCUAAAGUCCCACUUUGUAUCAAACAUUGAUGGAUCACAUAUUGCUGAAGUUCUGAAGAAAGUUAAUCCGGCAACAUGCUUGUUUAUUAUUGCGUCAAAAACAUUCACUACACAAGAAACUAUUACAAAUGCUCUUUCUGCAAAGCUGUGGUUUUUGGAAACAGCUAAAGAUGAGAAAGCUGUAGGCAAACAUUUUGUUGCAUUGUCUACUAAUGAAGUUAAAGUUAGAGAGUUCGGCAUUGAUACUGCAAAUAUGUUCCAAUUCUGGGACUGGGUUGGCGGUCGAUAUUCGUUGUGGAGCGCUAUCGGCUUAUCGAUUUGCUUGAACAUUGGAUAUGACAACUUUGAAGCGUUGUUGGAAGGUGCUCACUUUAUGGAUAAUCAUUUUACCACUGCACCAUUGGAAAGAAAUGCACCAGUUAUUCUGGCUUUGUUGGGAAUUUGGUAUUCGAACUUCUAUGGUAGUGAAACACAUGCACUCUUGCCCUAUGACCAAUACCUGCAUAAAUUCGCUGCAUAUUUUCAACAAGGUGAUAUGGAAAGCAAUGGCAAGUAUAUUACCCGUGAUGGUGCACGUGUCAAUUGCAGUACGGGACCAAUCGUCUGGGGCGAGCCGGGAACAAAUGGCCAACAUGCAUUUUAUCAACUAAUUCAUCAGGGAACACGCCUUAUCCCCGCUGAUUUCAUCGCCUCUGUGCAAACGCACAAUCCGGUACAAAAUGGCCUACAUCAUCGUAUCUUGUUGGCCAAUUUCUUAGCACAAACCGAAGCAUUAAUGAAAGGAAAAUCGGUCGAUGAAGCAAAAGCUGAAUUACAACAAAGUGGCAUGUCUGCUGAUCAAAUUAAACAAAUCUUGCCGCAUAAAGUUUUUGAAGGAAACCGACCAACGAAUAGUAUUAUGGUUCAGAAAAUAUCACCUUUCACAUUGGGUGCUUUAAUAGCAAUGUACGAGCACAAGAUCUUUACACAAGGUAUCAUUUGGAAUAUCAACUCGUUUGACCAGUGGGGCGUCGAGUUGGGAAAGCAAUUGGCGAAAGCAAUCGAACCGGAAUUGGUUGAUAAUAAGCAGGUUCAAUCGCACGAUGGAUCUACAAAUGGCCUGAUCAACUUCAUUAAAGCAAAUCGUUAAGAAAAGAAAACCAUUGUUAUAUACAAUGAGUUAUUUCACUAAAACGAGGUGGUUAGCCGGUUAAAAUUAUAAUUUCUAUUGAUAUUCCUGUGUUAGGUCACCGUGGGUAAUAAAAACACAAAAGUUGGAUCAUGUUGCACAAAUUAUACAGACAUUUUUAUAAUUUUUAUAUAGUAAUAAUAAUAAAGGUUGUACUAAAAU